UUCAUUUCACAGCUCUCUUCCCCUUUCCCCAACCUCCCAUCAUCUCAACAUCUCCAAUCCAUCUCCGUUUUCCCCUCAUGGAUUCCUUCCCACCGGAGUAUCCCUUCGGCUUCGGCUUCGGCGUCGGCGACGGGGAACGGCCGUCGCCGACGAGGAGAGAGUUGCAAGGUCCACGCCCCACUCCGCUCCGGGUCAACAAGGACUCCCACAAGAUCAAGAAACCGCCGGUUCCGCCGCACCCACCGCCGCGCACGGCGCCGCCGCCGCCGCCCGCCGCCGUCCAGAAUCCCCAGCCGGUGAUUAUCUACGCCGUGUCUCCCAAAGUCAUCCACACCACCGUCAGUGACUUCAUGAACGUGGUGCAGCGCCUCACCGGGCCUUAUUCCGGCGAGUCCUCCGCCGCCGCGGCCGGCGGAUCCGGCGCCCUGUCGCCGGCGGCGCGGCUGGCGUCGAUAGAGAAAACGAGUCCGUCCGAGAGAGAGAAACAGACGGAAAUGGCGGCUUUUGACUCGACUGAUGUUAUAGAAAUUGUGGGAAAUUCCACGGUUGAAAUGGGUCAGAUUCCGGGGAUAUUAUCGCCGGCGCCGACGAGCUUGCUGCCCAUCUCGCCGCCGGGACUAUUCUCUCCGGCGUCGGACCCGUUGAUGUUCAUCAACAACAUAUGGAGUAUGAGCCCAUCGGCGUUGUUUUCAGCUCCGCUGAUUUCUCCAUCUCCUUCCUCGCUUGAUCUUUUCAAUCCGUUCUUUGACUUUUGACCGGAAAAACAAGAAAAUUUUGUUUUCUCCGGUCGUCGGAGUGGAAUGGGGUAAAUUCUGGAUUUUUGCAGAGAAUUGUUAUCAAAUUUUUACUGUAAUUAACUGAUCUAGUAUUAGGCCAGCAAGCUCUGAUUUUACUUUAAUUAAUAAAUAGAUGGUAAAAAAAUUCUCAAUUUUAUUUCUUUAAGCAAAGUUUUUACCUUUUUAUUUAUUUAAAUGUAACUUUUAAUAUGUGGUGUAUUUUUUUUUUAAUUAAAAAAAAAAUCUCAUUUCAUUAGCAAAGCAAAUGUGAAGCCAAAAGUCCAAUGCCGUGGGGGGAGGGGCUCUACUUUUUGUUUUAUUUAUUUUCUUUUUAAUAAUUGAGUUGUUUGAUUUUUAUUUAUUUAUUUAUUUAUUGUGGUCAUUUUCUGUGGUAUUGGACUAUUGAUGGUGGAGCAACUAGGGCAAUAAUGUGGGUGGUUCUUGUGAUCUUAUUGGUUAGUGCAAUUGAAGAUUUGUACUUAGUCCAUUAUUGUAUGAUUUUAGCUGUAUUUUAAGAAAUUAUAUUACAUGCAAUUCAAUUUACUUCAUGGUUUAA